AUGGCAGGCUGUUGCUUCCCUGUGGCCCGCAAGGGUAGCUUCAAGCUUGUUAGAAGUACUUCUUUCGGUUCAUAUAAACGUUCGAGAAGGGAGAUUCAUAAAGGACCUAUGGUUGUUUGUUUUGGGGAGAUGAUGAUGAAAUUAGUUCCCUCAGUAGAAGGAGUGUCCCUUGCAGAUGCGGCUGCUUAUAAGAAAUCCCCUGCUGGAGCUACUGCCAAUGUUGCUGUUGGAAUUUCUAGAUUAGGAGGCUCAGCUACUUUCAUUGGCAAGGUGGGGAAUGAUGAAUUUGGCCAUAUGUUAUCUGAUAUUCUGAAACAAAACGGUGUUGACAAUUCUGGCCUGCUCUUUGAUGCUCAUGCAAGGACAGCUUUGGCAUUUUAUUCUCUUAAAAGUGAUGGAGAACCUGAAUUCAUGUUUUACCGAAACCCAAGUGCUGAUAUGCUCCUUUAUCCAGAAGAAAUUGAUGUGAACCUCGUAAAGAAGGCCACAAUAUUUCAUUAUGGUUCAGUUAGCUUGAUUAAGGAGCCUUGCAGGUCAGCUCACCUUGCUGCAAUGAAUGUUGCAAAAAUGUCUGGUUGUGUCCUUUCUUAUUCUCCAAAUUUGGCAUUGCCUCUGUGGUCAUCAGCACAAGCUGCUAGGGAAGGCAUCUUGAAUAUUUGGAAGUUUGCCGAUAUUAUUAAGGUAAGUGUGGAUGAAAUUCGAAUAUUGUGCGAAGGUGAUGAUCCUUAUGACGACAUAAUGAUAAUGAAGAAGCUGUUCCAUAAUAAUCUCAAACUUUUGCUGGUCACUGAGGGUGCACGGGGCUGUAGAUACUAUACAAAGGACUUCAAAGGUUGGGUUGCUGGUUUUGUGGUGGAAGCAAUUGAUACAACUGGAGCAGGUGAUUCCUUCCUAGGUGGAUUUUUGAGCAUUGUGGCUGCACACAAAUACAUUUAUAAGGAUGAGAAAAGGUUGAGGGAGGCUCUUGAUUUUGCAAAUGCUUGUGGUGCUGUCACAGUGACAGGGAGAGGGGCCAUUCCUUCACUCCCCACAAAGAAUACGGUUCUCAGAGUUAUGUUCUCAUAUUUCAACUGA